UUUGAUUUUUGAAUCAUUUGGAACCGUUUUUCCUAGAAAGAAAUGGACAGUGCCGAGGAACAGUCGGAGAUGGAGUACGAUGAUUAUGAAGAGACGGAAUACCUCCGGGAUCCGGUUGACAUUGAUUAUGAUCCGUUUGCAGACGAACGCGUCGAUGCCGAAUCGACUGAGGACGACUCCGUCGAAGACGGAAAUGGAAGUAAGGAUGAUCAAGGAGAGGAAGUUCAAGUAGAAGGGGAACCAAGCACGGAGAUUACGGCCGCGAUGGAAACAGCAGUUCAGCCAGAAGAGAACGAGUUGAGCCAGCACCUGGCAUCCCAAGUUACGGACAGACGGGAUUCUGACCACGAAUGAAUGCUUCAUUGUGAUUUUAUCACUUUUAUAUUCGAAAUAAACUUUUUUUAGUCGU